AUGCCAGCAAGGCCCGUCCCCGAGUGGGGAUUACGAUGCUUGUCGCGUAGCUCCUUCAAGCGAGCUUCAUACGCAAGAAAACACACAGAGAGACGAUGGAAUAGUGCUUAUACCUGGCUCACCAGAACACCAGAAGCUAUUACCUCGCAUGACAUCGUCUCGUCUUUGCCUUCAACCUUACAAAGCAAUUCGAGCUGUGUCCCCCUCCUACUUGUCACCCCGAAUCUUGCACACUUACUCGAUCCUACAUCACCAUUCAUUGGCGACUUGAUAAGCAAGCUACUUCGAGAUACACCCCAAAAACCCGAUACCCUUCAUGCAAUUGCGGCUGUGGUGGACAGGAUUCCGAAUAGUGCUCCGCAGCGGCCCAAGGCCCUAAUAGCCGAUGAUGCUAUUGCCGAUCCAGGAGAAUAUGAUGGCGUGUCUAUGUUAAUUAUUGGGGAAGAUGAUGUGCAAUGGAAAGCUACGCCGUCUCGUCGGAUCGGAAGCCCAGCUGGCGACGAACCUAGUCUAACGGUCUCUGUUCGGGACAAAAUGUCCGUUUACGCGGUUGGCCUACGCCUUACCAACACUGUUUUUCUCAAUGGAAGCGAACGAACUUUUAUGGGCAUGCGCUGGGUUGCCCGGAAAGAUGGAUAUGUCUUGGACAAGUCUAGAGACCUUGCGAGCUGCGUUGUUACAUCCAAACAAGACAGCAUUCGCCCCAGACUGAUGCUUCCACUAGAGCCAGUCACCCAACGACGAAGGGUGGUAACAGGAAUGGGAAACAUUCUGCGACAACUGGCUAAAUCAACGGACGGAUGUUCGGAUGAGACAAUGCCUGCAUCCACCGAGCUGGAAAAGGAACUUCCACGGUAUAUUGAAGAACAUAACAUCGCCGACCGAAGAGUCUCUGUCUGGGCUUUGGUUGAGACACCUGACGUGGAAAUUGCAGAUUCCACUUUAUCAAUACAAGAUCAACUAACCCGGUCACUGCGUCAUGGAGGUAAACUACAUCGCGUUAUGAGUGGCGGAGGCGGCUGGGGAAAGAAGCAGGGUCUUCUUUCCCUAGAUCCAGAGGUUGCUUUCCCAACUAUCAGUCUCCGUGAUAAGUCUACCAACCUGGAUCAAGUAUUUGAACCGCAUUCUAGUGCAACUGAACCCUUGGAGAUGCCACCGUUCUUCGGAAAUUGUUUGAUAGGCGAAGAUCUCUCCCAUCUCUCCCAAGUUGCCAAUGCAGGAGAUUUCAUUCAAUUCUUUGUGGCGGUAGAACCCACACCCUCCCCCAGGGCUGAGGAUCAGACAAGGUUGGCAUACUGCUUUGGCGUGGUCGCCGAUGCUGAAGAACCACAGGCUCGAGGAGCCCAUGGCGAAGAAAAGCAUCUUGAAAUGGUAGUCGAUACAUUUGGUGCCAUGUCUGAAAAGGCGAUCACCUUUUCUCAGCCAGCGCCCCGGGGUGGCAAGGCGGGUGAAUCCAGCACAAAGUUGGACAUUCCGGGGUGUCAAGUAAUUUUAGAGUUUGAGCAAUUAUGA